AAUUCUAAUUUUUUCUAAUAAGUCAGUUUUGAAAAAUUGCGGUCAAUCCUGGAGGUGAAGCCAUAAGCAAGGACCCUUUCUUAACGCUUACGAAUCUUUGUCUGAAAUUCCAAUGCAAGCAAAAGAAAAACCAUCCACAUGCAAAAUGUUCUCGCCGCAUCCCAACGUGCCAUACAAUGAUCUCAAUACUUCAUUCACAUCGGAGGGUACCGAUAUUUCAUAUGAUUCCGAUUCAACAUUUCACAUCUACAAUGAGCUGAACUAUCCAACGGCCCAGCAGCCGCCAUACCCUACGCCGUCCCAUACCCAACCCAUGAGCAUACAAAGCAAUGCCACUCCCAGCACUGGCAUUAUUUAUGGCUUUCGAACGCGCCAUUUGUCCUGCAUCGAAGAAAAUGAUUCCGAUUCGCUGCAUUCCUCGUCAAUACCUAAGCCGGCCUUUGAAAUGAUUAAGGAUGUGGAUGAGAAAUUCAAGAAACUUAUUAAAGAAAAUCCCGAUGACAGCUUUACUUCGUGGACCGCUGCCGAUCAGGGAGAAGAUGAAGUGGAUCACAUUGCCAUGAUUGAUGAAUCGCGGGUCUUCGAUUUGGAUUAUCUGGAUGAGUUGAGUGCCAGUCAGGUGGUGACCUCGAAAAGUCAAGGAGAUGAAGAAGAGGAUGAGGAACAGAAUGAGGAUGAGCAAGGAGAAGAAGAAGAAUUUAGUGUCAAUGUCAGCGAGGCCCUUUGGCAAAGUACGGUUUCCGAGCCGGUCCAUCGCACGGGUUUUAUUGGUGGUAAUCGUCCACCUGGCAUUAUGCCUGAUAUUAUGACUACCUCCUGUUAUGGAGCCCUCAACACCUCAUUUGGCAGUGAAAUGUCUGGACCACCAGCCUAUAUGGAACAACAAUCGACACCGCGAAAGACGCCCAAGUCCAACCCUGGCACACCGCAGAAACAGGAACCCAUCUAUGCCACACCCGAUAAACGCCGUGAAUGUAAUCGCAGUUUUGACUCCUCCUGUCCCUCUCAAUCGAGUUCGGUAUAUGGUGGUUCUAUGAACUCCUCCCUGGAUUUACGUUGUAUGAGUGCCUCCGGGGUAUAUGGAGUACAACAAUUCCAUGUGCCACGUCAGGUCAGUGGACAAAAUCCUAUGGAAAUUUCGGGAAUUUCUUUGGAUGGUUGUAAAACGGAGUGGAAUUCUGUUGGUGGAGGUGGUGGUGCUGUAGCGGGAGAAGGAAGUGGUGUUAUUUCACCCACCGAAGAUUUGACUGAAGAAAUGCAAGUCAAGUGCUUGAAUGCAGCUGAAAAUGAUUUACAAUCGAUACGCCGUUUAUUGGAACACGAUACCAGCUCCUCGGUAUGUCCCAGCUGUCGCAUAUCGUUCGACAAAGGCAAACGGCGAAAACUGAUCGAUACCUGCGGUCAUGAACGUUGCUAUUCCUGUAUGUUCCGCAACGACCAGUGUCCAAUGUGCAUGAAUACCUCGCUCAAAGAUGUCGAUUGCAGCAGCAAUGCUCAAGGCUAUGAUACGGGCAUUGGCGGUUCAACAUCGACAAUUGUUAGCCCUCUGGGCUCGCCACAGCCGCAGUUAAGAUCACAAGUGCAACGUGCAAAUGCCGCAGCCAUAGCUCGUUAUAUGCAGCAUAACCGCCAGGAGUCUAUAUCACCUGAAUAUCAUCGUUAUUCCAGUAUUGGUAAAUUACCCAAGGCUUCGGCAGCAGCGGCAAAUUCAAAUAAUCCAGCAUUGAAUACAAAACAUACCGUUACCGUUGAUAUUCACAGCAGCAGCACCAGCAACAGCAAUAACAAUCUUCAUCACAAUGUUGGCAGCAACAACACCAGCCACAAUGGUACAUCAUCGUCCAUCAGUUCGACGGGCAGCAGCAGUCUGCAUGGUCACCACCACAGCAACAACAACGGCAACUAUGGCGAAAUUCAUGCCUCAUCAUUUGCCACACCACCGACACGCCGUCGCUUUUUCAAUCACAAAAAUUUGCGCAAUGCCUUAACUAACGGUGUCAGCGGUGUGGUUGGUCAUCGUCGUACCGCUUCGAAUGGUGGUGUUGGCAGUGGCUGUCCCAUUGAUACAUCCUCGAUAUUAUCCGAAGGUAAAGAAACGAAUGCCUUGAAUACCUCAACAUGUUCUGAUUCGGCUGUGACACGAAGACGCCGCAAAAAUGUAAGCAGUAAAUUGACCUCAUCAUCGGAAUCAACGACUGGCAGUGAAAAUCGUUUGAAUCGUUUAAGUUUGGCUGGAACAUCGGUGUAUGCUGGGCACCUGUCAUCGCUGGUGUUGGGCAAGAUCAAAUCGCUGUGGAGCGUAAAUUCGAAUUCAUCGGAAGGCGGUCUAAAUCAAUUUACAGCCAGCGAUCAUCUGGGCUCGGAGGCGGAAAAACAAAAAGACCAGCUACGUGCCCGUUUGGGUCUGCUACUGGAUCAUGAUCAAAACGGCAAUGCCAGCAAUACCAUCAACACCACCACCAGCAGCAGCGGCUCAUCGCACAACAUUAGCCCCGAACAGACCUUGGCCACCGGCAGCUCUGGCCUUUCCGUCGAUCAUUAUGGUGGCAGCCAGCUAUCGGUGGCCACCAAAGAUGACACCUACAGCUUAAGUGGUAAAAUGAAAUCGUGCUCCCUCACCGACAGCAAUGGUUAUGAAAUAUUACCCCUAAAACCACGUAAAUCGGUAGCCAGACGUUCGGCCCGCUCAGCCCAAUUGGGCGGGAAUAGCAAACGGAAUGCCAUUUAUAAACCUGCAGCUUUACAGCAACAACAACAAACGCCUCCUGCCAUACAAUUGCCCCUGAAGCCGUUGUUCUUUGAGGUACCCUUGCAGGAGCCGGAUCCACCAUUUAUUGGGCGCCAGUGGCUCAUUCGAGAACUGGCCAAUACUCUGACAGCCACAGAGACUCCAGGAGUUUUGAUAAAUGGCAAUCCAGGCACCGGAAAGACGGCUUUUAUUCUACAAUUGGUGGAAUAUUCUUGUUUUGGGCGACGCAAUGCCGCCGCCACUAGUGCGGACAGUGACCCGGAUGGUAUCUAUUACCAAAUCAGCUCGGUUACCGAUCGUCUUCGCUCCUUGGCCUCCUAUGUGGUGGGCUAUCAUUUUUGCCAGGCCGAUGCCAAUCUAACCUGUUUGGUACCCGACUUUGUUCACUCUCUGGCUGCCCAGCUGUGCCAGGCUCCCCAAUUGGCCGCCUAUCGGGAAUAUCUACUCAAUGAAACCCAUUUACAGGAUAUCCUAAGUGUCAAGGAAUGUAUUGCCGAUGCCGAACGGGUCAUGCGAAUGGCCAUUUUAGAGCCCCUGACCGUCCUUAAGAGGGCUGGAAAAAUACCUGCCAAAACUUGCAUUAUCCUGGUGGAUGCCCUGUGUGAGGCGGAAUAUCAUCGCCCGGAUCAUGGCCACACCAUUGCCACAUUUCUUGCCAAAAUGACUCAAUACUUCCCCUCCUGGCUAAAGGUGGUGGCCACGGUGCGCACCCAAAUGUUAGAAUUUGUCAAAGGACUGUCCUACACCAAAAUGACCUUGGAUAGUUGGGCAUCCAAUGAUCUACUGCAAAAGGAUAUGCUGGACUAUAUCACUUUUCGGGUAAACAACUCCAUGGAAAUUCAGAAAAAUGUGGCUGUAGUCAAGGAUCACAACACCGGACAAUUGAAAUUCAUUGGCCACCUCCAGACGCUGACAAAGGGAUCCAUGUUAUAUGCCAAACUAAUCUUGGAUCUGAUUGAAAAGGGCCAACUGGUCAUCAAGUCCACGAGUUACAAAGUGCUGCCCAUUUCAUUGGCUCAAAUCUUUCUGCUGCAUUUUAAUCUGCGUUUCCCGACGGCCUGUAGUUUUGAAAAGGCUUCGCCGAUUUUGAACGUUUGCCUGGCUGCCCUCUAUCCAUUGACGCUGAACGAGAUCUAUUACACCGUAUGCGCCAUGAAAACCGAUGAAGUUAUGCCUUGGGAUGAAUUCUUGCAGAGAUUCAAGUUGCUCGACGGCUUCCUGAUCAAGCGUAUCGACAACACGUAUAUGUUCUUCCAUUCCUCCUUCCGGGAAUGGCUGAUUCGCCGUGACGAAGGAGAAUCAACGAAAUUUCUGUGUGAUUUUCGUUUGGGUCAUGCAGCAAUUGCAUUCCGUUUGUCAAGGUUGCAGGCUCCGCUGGAUGCGGAACAAACGCUGGAAUUGGGCCAUCACAUGCUGAAGGCGCACAUUUAUCGCAACAAUCAGGGUCCACAAUCGCCAAGGGAUAUGCAAUCGUAUUGGGUCUCCACCGUGUCCGAUAAUGUCUCGGCGGCCUUGGGUUCCUUGCGCAAUGUCUACAGUCCGAAUUUGAAGGUGUCCCGCCUUAUUCUGCUGGCUGGAGCUUCUCCCCAUUAUCGCACGGAAUUUAUGGGCGAUGCAACCAUUCUUUGCAUAGCAGCCUAUGAAGGUAUUGUGCCCAUGGUUAGUUUGCUGCUGGAAUUUGGGGCCGAUGUGGGUCUGACCAACAGCCAGGGUUGUACACCCCUAAUUUUGGCUGCCAUGAGGGGUCACUGUGAUGUGGUGCGUCUCCUGGUGGCCGCCGGCAGCAGUUUGGGUCAAUGUGAUACCACCCAACGCUGUGCCUUAGUUCAAGCGGCCCGCAUGGGACGCCUCAAUGUUGUGAAAUAUCUGCUGGCCUGUGAUUGGACUCCCCGACCCGAUUCCAAUGAUGUCAAUCUGCCCACUGCCAUACAUCAGUCCCUGAUUGCGGCCGCCUCCCAGGAUCACAUUACAAUUCUGGAAGACCUGCUGGAUAUGGAAGAUAUUGAUGUGAAUACCAUUGAACCUUGUUCUGGAGAGUUGGCCUUGACCUCGGCGGCCCGCAAUGGCUGCUUGAACACUGUUGAGGUGUUACUGACACGUGGAGCCAACAUUGAUCUACACAAUAAACAGGGUUUCACUGCUCUUGGCCUUUCCGUCAAAGAGGGUCAUUGGGCUGUGGCCGAUAAACUCCUACAAAAUGGUGCUGAUCUCGACGAACCUGUGACUUCGGCAAGAAAAACCGCCCUCAUGAUUGCGGCUGAAGAGGGCCAUUUGGAAAUACUUGAAAUGCUCAUUGAACGCGGCGCCAGUUUAGAGACCCAAGAUCAUGAAGGUUUCACAGCCCUGUCAUGGGCCUGCCUUAGAGGACGCCAGACGGCAGCCAAAAUCCUGAUAGACAAGGGUUGCAAUAAAAAUCAUGCCGAUAAUAAUGGUCGAACAGGUCUCGAUUUGGCCGCCUAUCAAGGCUCCGCGCAUUUGGUCCAGUAUUUAAUGGAUCAGGGUGCACACAUAGAACAUGUUGACAUCAAUGGUAUGCGACCAUUGGAUCGGGCUAUCGCUUGCCGCAAUAUCCAGGUGGUGCAGGUGUUUUUGCGCAAGGGUGCCAAACUGGGCCCGACCACAUGGAGCAUGGCCAUGGGUAAACCGGAAAUUCUGGUGGUCUUACUGAAUAAACUACUCGAAGAUGGCAAUGUGCUGUAUCGGAAAAAUCGUUUCCACGAAGCUGCCCACCGCUAUCAAUAUGCCCUGAGGAAAAUCUCCAAUUUGGAAACGCUUCUUGAGCGCAGCGCCGUUUUUGCCCAGCUGAGAACGAAUCUAUUGUUGAAUUUAUCCAGAUGCAAGAGGAAACUAAAUGAACUUGAUGAAUCAAUAGAUUUGGCUUCGCAGGCUAUUGCGCAAAAACCCAGCAGCUAUGAAGGUUAUUAUGCCCGGGCCAAGGCACGCAUGGAACAUGGUGAUUUGAAUGAAGCCCUAGCCGAUGCCAAUGAGGCCAUGCAAAAGGCGGCCCAAAGUGGCGUGUUAAAUGAGGUCAUAGAAGUGCUCAAACGUAUACAGGCUGAACUGCUGCAGCGCAUAACAAACGAGGGACGUAAUCAACAGACUUCCUCGUCCACUUCGUCUGGUUACGAAGUAAGCAAUGCCAGCGGUACAUCGGCGGCCUUAAACGAUGGAGGUGCCUUUGAAUCUCAACAAGAGAUAACGGAUUUAUAAAUUCAGAGAGCCUUACAUACACACA